AUGUCUCAGAAGAGGAACCAAGAACUUCCACCCACCAAAGCACCUCUUCCACCAUUUGGACAGCCAGGUCACCAAGGAAAAUCCGCCCUCCUCCGCGAAAACUUCCUCUGCAACCUCGCAGAUGCGAUCGUUCCUACCGGUCUCUUCGGUGAUCAUAAGAGACACCGCCGAGAUAGUGCCUAUAGGGCAGGGGACUUCAAGAAGGCUGAUGUAGAGGCCCACGAUGAGGAGGAUGACUGGGUAAACUUGACAGACAAGACAGUCAAAUCUGGUCCUCUGCAAAUCACACCUCGUGAUACGAAGUCUGAAGAGCAUCGCCGCAGUCCCAGCAUGAGUAAAUCUCCACCGAUGAAUCAGGGGUUCAGCCAGGCUAAACUCAAUUUGACGCCUGCCGUUGUUGGCCAACCCGACAAUUCCAAGUUCAUCCUUCGUCGCUAUGAUAUUAGGAGUCCCACAAAGAUCGAGAAGAAGCGCAUCGAUUUGCAUAUCGAUGAAUUCGAUUGGAGCAAUAAGGAGCAUGUUGAUAGACUGAACAAGGCUCGUCGUCACUGGGAGAUUAACACUCUUGAGUCAAACCCACAGACCAGUGGAAAGUCUCGCGUAACUAUCGAUGGUAGACGCUCUCCUGUUGAUACAUCCGUCGGAAGCUGGUCACCUGGCGACGAGGAGGGUGAUGGGGAUUCGAUUGACUUCUAG